AGCUAGCGUCGGGGUUGCCAGGCAGCGAAUGGCGAGCUCCCGAGUUCAGCCGUCCGCUCCAGACGGAGAGCUACAAGGGGGCGGAUCCGAGGGACGGGUUGAAGCCGAGGGCGUAGCGCGGGCGCGGGCGCUCGGGCUUUGCGGCCGGAAGCCUUGCCCUGAGCCGCUGGAGAGAGCGGGGAUUGAGACCCUUACCAGGUACGGGCCCAGAGGGGGCGCGCGGGGGUCUGAGUGCAGGCGUGAGUUCCUACCCGGAAAAGGCGGCAGGCCCCGGAGUGAUAGGCAGUCAUGAAACUGUGGAUGAUUUAAUCCAGCAAAAUUUCCGGUUGGGAACCAGCAUCCUUCAGACUCAGACCCCAAAUGGCGCAGUGGGAGAUGUUGCAGAAUCUCAACAACCCGUUUCAGGACCAGUUGCACCAGCUGUACUCAGACUGCCUCCUGCCGAUGGACAUCCGACAGUACUUAGCUGUCUGGAUUGAAGAUCAGAACUGGCAGGAGGCUGCGCUGGGCAAUGAUGAUUCCAAGGCUACCGUGCUGUUCUUCCACUUCUUGGACCAACUGAACAACGAGUGUGGCCGCUGCAGCCAGGACCCUGAGCGCUUGUUACUACAGCACAACUUGCGAAAAUUCUCUCGGGACAUUCAGGCCUUUCCCCAGGGCCCGACCCAAUUGGCUGAGAUGAUCUUUAAUCUCCUUCUGGAAGAAAAAAGAAUUCUGAUCCAGGCUCAGAGGGCUCAGUUGGAGCAAGGAGAGCCAGCCCUCGAAGCACCCGUAGAGAGCCAGCAGCAUGAGAUCGAAUCCCGGAUCCUGGAAUUAAAGGCUAUGAUGGAGAAGCUGGUGAAAUCCAUUUGCCAACUGAAAGACCAGCAGGAUGUCUUCUGCUUCCGAUAUAAGAUCCAGGCCCAAGUGAACACACUCUCUUUAGACCCCCAUCAGAUGAGACAGCGGCAGCUUCUGCAGGAGACUCUCAAUGAACUGGACAAAAGGAGAAAGGAGGUGCUGGAUGCCACCAAAGCAUUGCUAGGCCAAUUAACAACUCUCGUUGAGCUACUGCUGCCCAAGUUGGAGGAAUGGAAAGUCCAGCAGCAGAAAGCCUGCAUUGGAGCCCCUGCAGAUGGGGGGUUGGAACAGUUGGAGAAGUGGUUCACAGCUGGAGCCAAGCUGUUGUUUCACCUGCGCCAGCUGUUGCAGGAGCUGAAGGGAUUGAGUCGCCUGGUUAGCUAUCAGGAUGACCCUCUGACCAAAGGGGUGGACCUGCGGAAGGCCCAGGUCACGGAGUUGCUACAGCACCUGCUCCAAAGAGCCUUUGUGGUAGAAACCCAGCCCUGCAUGCCCCAAACUCCCCAUCGACCCCUCAUCCUCAAGACUGGCAGCAAGUUCACUGUCCAAACAAGGCUGCUGGUGAGACUCCAGGAAGGCAAUGAGUCACUGACUGCAGAAGUCUCCAUUGACAGGACUCCUCCUCCAUCACAAAGCUUCCGGAAGUUCAACAUUCUAACCUCAAACCAGAAAACUUUGACCCCUGAGAAGGGGCAGAGUCAGGGCUUAAUUUGGGACUUCGGCUACCUGACUCUGGUGGAGCAACGUUCAGGUGGUUCAGGAAAGGGCUGCAAUAAGGGAAUGCUGGGUGUGACAGAGGAACUGCACAUCAUCAGUAUUACAGUCAAAUACACCUACCAGGGUCUGAAGCAGGAGCUGAAAACGGACACCCUCCCUGUGGUGAUUAUUUCUAACAUGAACCAAGUCUCCAUUGCCUGGGCCUCGGCUCUUUGGUUCAAUCUGCUUAGCUCAAACCCCCAGAAUCAGCAGUUCUUCUCCAGCCCCCCCAAGGCUCCCUGGAGCUUGCUGGGCCCUGCUCUCAGCUGGCAGUUCUCCUCCUAUGUGGGCCGAGGCCUUGACCCAGACCAGCUGAGCAUGCUGAGGAACAAGCUGUUUGGGCAGAACUCUACCACGGAGGGUGCAUUGUUAUCCUGGGCCGACUUCACUAAGCGAGAGAGCCCUCCUGGCAAGCUACCAUUCUGGACGUGGUUAGACAAAAUUCUGGAGCUGGUACAUGACCACCUGAAGGAUCUCUGGAAUGAUGGACGCAUCAUGGGCUUUGUGAGCCGGAGCCAGGAGCGCAAGCUGCUGAAGAAGACCAUCUCCGGCACCUUUCUCCUGCGCUUCAGUGAAACAUCGGAAGGGGGCAUUACCUGCUCCUGGGUGGAACACCAGGAUGACGACAGGGUGCUCAUCUACUCUGUGCAGCCCUUCACCAAGGACGUGCUGCAGUCUCUCCCACUGACCAAAAUCAUUCGCCACUACCAGCUGCUCACUGAAGAGAACAUCCCCGAGAACCCACUGCGCUUCCUCUACCCCCGGAUCCCCCGGGAUGAGGCUUUCGGGCGCUACUACCAGGAGAAAGUUAAUCUCCAGGAACGGAGGAAAUACCUGAAACAUAAGCUCAUCGUGGUCUCUAACAGACAGGUAGAUGAGCUGCAGCAACUGCCAGACCUUAAGCUGGAGCCGGAAGCGGAGUCACUUGAGCUGGAGUCGGGCCUGGCGCCGUUGCUAGAUCUAGAGCCAGGCCUGGAGUUAGAACCACUGCUGGAGGUGGGGCUGGACCUGGGGCCUGUGCUGGAGCCCCUGGUGGAGCCCGCACCAGAUGUGGUACAAAGAGCGUCAGAGCCAAACGUGGCACCAGAGCUGAAGCUGGAGCCUGUUCUAGACCCUGAAUCACCAGCAGUGCCAGAGCAAGAACUGCCAGAUGACCUGAGACACUUAAACACUGGGGAAAUGGAAAUCUUCAGAAACAGUAUGAAGAUUGAAGAAAUCAUGACAAAUGGUGACCCACUGUUUGCUGGACAGAACACCGUGGACGAGGCUUAUGUCUUCCACUCCAGCCAUUUCUACAUGGAAGGGCCCUUGAUUCCUUCUGACUACUAGGAGCGACAUUUCCUCUGUUCUCCCUGUAUCUUUUGUCCUUCCUAGCCCCCACAUCAUGAUGUUGCUCUCCAAGGAUGGAAAACCCAUUCUGAGCUGGUUAACUCUGGGUUUGGGAGUGGGAAGUAAAGGCAGACUACGGGUAAGGAAUGGGCACCAAUGGAUCAGAAUAGAUGUUAGCUGUGGCUCUAACUGGGAUCUUUGAG